AUGUCGACGUUUACGCUUCCAGGCUCCAACCCGCCCGUUCCCGUCCACUUGCCAGCAAAUCUCUCUGAGAAUCAACUGCUGUCAUUCCCCGCGUUCAAGAUAUGGCUCUCCACCUUGCAACGUUCGCUUUCCACCCAAAAGAGUACAAGGCAUGAGUUCCAUUCUGCUCCAUAUGCGCUUCGAAAGAUCGAAGUGCAAGCAGUCGACUUCUUUGGUGGGGACCGUGUCGGCUCAUCCUUCAACCUGAUGACCUUCCACCCGGCUCGGAAGCGGAAAAGCGCUGGAACGUUUUCAGGCAGUGCGGCAAAGGAAAUUCAGGAAGAGACAGGGCUAUCCAUUCAACAAGACGAACUCGUGGACAUGACUGCUCUUACUGCGCAUAUUGUCGAGAAAAAUUCCCAGAAAGCAGACGAUACCAAGGAAGAACUGCAGAAUGGUGUAUAUCCGUCGCCUGGCGGAAGCGAUGAAUUCAUACCGCUGUUCUUAUACCAGAAGCGCCUGAAGAGGAGUGAGAUAGAGAAGUUGCAGGGCCAGUUGACGGGGCUGAGGAUUGAAGGCGAAAAGAUUACACUCAAGUUGGUCCCACUUAAAGACUUGUGGAAAGAGGGCUUUAGAGAUGGCAAGACAUUGGCAGCCUGGGCUCUGUACCAAGGUUUGAUCGCUGAUGAACUGAUAUAA